UCGCCGCCGCUCCCUGCGCGGCCGCGCCGGGGCUGCCGGCCGGAUCCUCUCCUGCCCCGCCAUCUCCUUCCUCUCCUCCUGCCGGGGAUUCGGGCGGCGCGGGCUCGGCAGCGCCGGGAGCUCUCCCGUCAGCCGCCUUCGCCCACUCGCCCUACACUGUGACUGAUGAGAGUUAAAGGCCAUGGAUGAAGAUGGGCUUGAAUUGCAGCCACAUGAGCCAAAUGCAUUUUUUGAUCCAACAGGAGCUGAUGCAGCACAUAUGGAUGGAGAUCAGAUUGUUGUGGAAGUCCAGGAAACAGUGUUUGUUUCAGAUGUGGUGGACUCAGAUAUAACUGUGCAUAACUUUGUUCCUGAUGACCCAGACUCUGUGGUGAUCCAGGAUGUCAUUGAGGAUGUUGUUAUCGAGGAUGUUCAGUGCCCAGACAUCAUGGACGAGCCAGAUGUGUCUGAAACAGUCAUCAUUCCUGAGCAGGUGCUGGACACAGACGUGGCUGAAGAGGUUUCUUUGGCUCAUUGCACUGUCCCAGAUGACGUUUUAGCUUCUGACAUAACAGCAGAGACAAUGUCUAUACCAGAGCACGUGCUGACAACUGAGUCAAUGCAUGUGCCUGAGGUUGGACACGUGGAACACGUGGUUCAUGAUAACGUUGAAGAAGCAGAUAUUGUCACUGAUACUCUGGGAACAGAUGUUGUUUCUGAGGAAGUCUUGGUGGCAGACUGUGCAUCAGAGGCAGUGAUUGAUGCCAAUGGAAUCCCUGUGGAACAUCAAGAUGAGAAGGGCAACUGUGAUGAUUACCUUAUGAUUUCCUUGGAUGAUGCUGGUAAGAUAGAACACGAAGGUUCUGCUGAAAUUACCAUGGAAGCAGAGUCAGAAAGUGGCUCUUGUAAAGUGGAUGGCAUUUGUCCAGAAGUCAUCAAGGUCUAUAUAUUCAAAGCAGAUCCUGGAGAAGACGAUUUAGGGGGCACAGUAGACAUUGUGGAGAGCGAGCCAGAGAAUGACCACGCAGUGGGAUUGCUCGAUCAGAACAGCAGCAUUCGUAUCCCAAGGGAGAAAAUGGUUUACAUGACUGUCAAUGAUUCUCAGCAUGAAGACGAAGACUUAAAUGUUGCAGAAAUAGCUGAUGAGGUUUAUAUGGAGGUGAUUGUAGGGGAAGAGGAUGCUGCAGCCGCCCACGAACAGCAAAUUGAUGACACCGAGAUUAAAACUUUUAUGCCCAUAGCUUGGGCAGCAGCUUAUGGUAAUAACAACGAUGGCAUCGAAAGUCGGAAUGGCACUGCAAGUGCUCUUUUGCACAUAGAUGAGUCAUCUGGGCUUGGGAGGCUGGCCAAGCAAAAACCAAAGAAGAAGAGGAGACCUGAGUCCAGACAGUAUCAGACAGCAAUAAUCAUUGGCCCCGAUGGUCAUCCAUUGACAGUCUAUCCCUGCAUGAUUUGUGGAAAGAAAUUUAAAUCCAGAGGUUUCUUGAAAAGGCACAUGAAAAACCACCCGGAGCACCUUCUUACCAAGAAGAAAUACAGAUGCACAGACUGUGAUUACACUACGAAUAAAAAAAUAAGUUUACACAACCACUUGGAGAGUCAUAAGCUGACCAACAAAACAGAGAAGCUUAUUGAGUGCGAUGAGUGUGGGAAAACCUUCUCUCACGCAGGAACUCUAUUCACUCACAAGAUGGUGCACAGGGACAAAGGAGUUAAUAAAAUGCACAAGUGCAAAUUCUGCGAUUAUGAGACAGCAGAGCAGGGGUUACUGAGUCACCACCUUUUGGCUGUCCACAGCAAGAACUUUCCUCACAUUUGCGUGGAGUGCGGCAAAGGGUUCCGCCACCCGUCGGAGCUGAAGAAGCACAUGCGGAUCCACACUGGCGAGAAGCCCUACCAGUGCCAAUACUGCGAGUACCGAUCGGCCGACUCUUCCAACUUGAAAACCCACGUAAAGACUAAACACAGUAAGGAAACGCCGCUCAAGUGUGACAUUUGUUUCCAGACUUUUUCAGAUACCAAAGAGCUGCAGCAGCAUACGCUUAUGCAUCAAGAAAGUAAAACGCAUCAGUGUUUGCAUUGUGACCAUAAGAGCUCAAACUCGAGUGAUCUGAAACGACACAUUAUUUCAGUCCACACAAAAGACUAUCCCCAUAAGUGUGAUAUGUGUGAUAAAGGCUUUCACAGGCCUUCGGAACUGAAAAAACACGUGGCGGCUCACAAAGGUAAAAAAUUGCACCAGUGCAGACAUUGUGACUUUAAAAUUGCAGAUCCGUUCAUUUUGAGUCGCCACAUACUCUCAGUUCACACAAAGGAUCUUCCAUUCAGGUGCAAGAGAUGUAGAAAGGGCUUUAGGCAACAAAACGAGCUGAAAAAACACAUGAAAACACACAGUGGCAGGAAAGUUUAUCAGUGUGAGUACUGUGAGUAUAGCACUACAGAUGCCUCAGGCUUCAAACGGCACGUGAUUUCCAUUCACACAAAAGACUACCCUCACCGGUGUGAGUAUUGCAAGAAAGGUUUCCGAAGGCCUUCAGAGAAGAACCAGCACAUUAUGCGACAUCAUAAAGAUGUUGGGCUGCCUUAAAGUCUCUUUCACAGACUUAUGGCUGGAAUUAUAAAGGAAAUUUGCCUUUCAGGCAGUUAGCUUAUUUUAAAGCCAAUCACCUGCGAUCACACACACACAAAAAAAAAAAACCACAAAAAAACAAAAACAAAAAAAUACUGUGCAUUUGAUUUGUUGCUGUAUAAAAAUAGGAUUAUUGCUUGUAGUUGACUUUUAUACCUUUUGUUCAAUAGCGUGUUCUGAAUUCUAUUCAGUUUGUUUAAUAAAUGAAGAAAAGAUGGCAACAAUAAAGUUGCAUUUAAUAAAGU